AUGUUAAAUUCAAUGCAUGUCAAUAUAGCUAAUAACCGUUGGGGACUUAAAGUUCUUUAUAAUCCUAUAUCAGCUAAUCAAUCGACAUAUAUAAUUCAAACAGUUCCAAGUUCUCGAACGACACGACCACAAACAGUCAUUGAAAUAAACUCUUCUAUACAAACCAAUUCAUUAAUUGUUGUUCGGCAACAUUUAUUAAAUGAUACCAUAGCGACAAUUGUUCAAUCAACUAUAUCAUCAUUGGAUAACAAUCAAAUACUUACAGCUGAUAUUAUAGCACAAACAAUUCAAUAUAAUCAAAUUAAUAGUUCACCACAGUGUUCGAUUUGUUUAGGAGACUUUAAUCUAUCGGAUAUACUACUACAAUUAACAUGUAAACAUAUUUAUCAUCGUGAAUGUCUUCUUCAUUGGUUACAAACGCAUAAUCGUUGUCCAUAUUGUCGAUUUCUUGUCUAUCAACAACCUGUAACGCCGCAUAUUUUUCUCAUAAGACAAACAAUAACAUAG